AUGGUUAUUAAAAGAGCAUUUCAUGAUUUUUAUAUACAAAAAUUCCUACAAACAAGAGAUAUGUUUAAGAGAAAUAAAUAUUUGAGUUUGGGAUUAGUACUUUUCUAAACUCUUUAAAUUUAAGGAAUUUACCUCAACGAAAGUCUAUAUGCACAUUUAGAAAAAGAAAAGAAAAGAGGAAUUAUGGAUGCAAUUAUAUGGAUACUUAAAACAGCUAAGUAAUUUUUAACUUUAAUAAAGAGUAUAUCCCAUAUUUUAAAGUUCAAUGACCUUAGAUAAAUUACUUUUCAUUAAUGUCAACUUCAUUCUUCUAUUAGUGAUUGUAACUUCUAUUACUUUAAUCAUAAUAUUAACAGCAAAAAAUUCAAGUUAAAUGCAUAUUCAUAAAAUCAAUGGCUUAUAUCAAUUAGUAUACACUGAUUAUCCGAUUCAAGUAUAAAUUAUUAUCCUAAAUACUUAGUUAUAAACAAAAUAGGACAGUUUCCUCAUAAAAUUUCACAAAUUUCUAACAUUUAUUGUUUCUAUCUUUUUACAAACCUACAAAUUUUUGUUUCAUUGGAGUAUGUUUUAUUGUUCAUUAGACAUUAUUUAUUCAUUUAUUAAUGAUCCAUCUGAAAAUAAUGGUAAUAUUGCAUAGAUUAAUUAGAUUUGAUUUAUACUUUAAGUACCAUCACAUCAAUAAUAAUACUUUUAUUUUACUUGAUAUUUGAUAAUUUUAUGAUGUUUCAUUUCUUUGAUUACAAAUUUAAGAAUCAGGAUUUUUUGGGUUAAAAUGAGUCUAAUCUACAACUCUUACUUAAUGUAUACAUCUAUAUAACAAUUACUAUUAUUGUUUUCACAUAAUAAUAAUAUCCAAAUUUAAAUUUACUCUUAGGAUUACUUUUUACAAUUUACUAAUUGUUUAUGAGUUCAUUAUAUAUUCUACAUCGUAAAGAAUUAAUUAAUAAAUUCACAUCUUUAAUUCUUGGGUAAUUUAUAUUUCUUUAUGUUGCUUAAUUUUUUUUUGUGAAUGAAACUUUUUCUAUUGAAUUCAUAAAUCUAAUCAUGUUUAUAACAUGCCCAAUUAUUAUUACAAUACAAAAUAGAAUAUAGGAAUUACAAGUUCAUUAAAAUCUUUAAUUAGAUGAUAAACAUUUUAGAUUUAUUGAGUAAAAACUUAGAAAAAUCUUUGAUUUAAUUAAAAUCACAUAUUAUAAAGAUUGGAGAACAUUCAGAUAACCAAUCAAGAGAUCAUAUAUUUCUUUAUAACUUCAUAGUUUGGCUGCUAAUCAUUUAAGAAAUUGUAAUGGAUAAUUGUAAGAUGAAAAUAACAAUACAACUAAGAAUUGCUUCUGUAAAUAGUAUUUUCAUUACACUGAAUAAAAAUCAUUACAUUUUUGGAAGAGAGAAUUAGAUCCUGAAACUGAAUACAAAUAUUUUGCAUUUAAUAACGAAAAGUAAUUUAAAUAAUUUUUAUUUGAUUUAAUCAAAGAUAGUUUUGAAAAAUAUCUCACUUAAAAACAAAAUUUAGAAACUAAUGUUUAAUUUUCAUACAUAUACUUUUUAUUUCAAAUUUAAAAGAGACCAACAAAAGCAUUCUAUGAAGCUAUGAAUUUAAAAUUUAAAAUUAAAAAACAUUCUUAAAAGAAAAUUAUGAUCAUUGAAUAACUUAUCUAAGAUGCUAAAUUUAAUUUUAAUUUAAUGAUUGAAAAAAAAGACUUAAAAAAUUAGAAAUAUAAUUUUAAAUAAGUUUUUGAUUAUGAUUAAAACUUAGAUACUACAAAAUUAAAUUUUUAAAUUAUAUUAUCAAAUUAUAAGAAAUGGUACAACUAAUUGUUAAAUCAAUAAUUAUAAUUACAAUCAAUAGUAUAGAAAGGAACUGAACUUUAACAAUAAAUUUAAUAAUUAGAAAAAUAAAUACACAAUUUGUAUUAAUUAAAUCCAAUUUCAACUGAAUUAGAUACAGUAGCUUAUCUCUUUUAUAAAUAUCUUAAUUUCAAUAUAAAAAGACCAAAAUCUCUAAAACGAAAUUCAACAUAUGCUAAUUAAUUUAUUUAAUCUAUCAAUUAAUAAGUAUUUGAAAAGGAUUCUUGUAUUAUAUAUAUAUCACUGAUGAAUUAAAGAGGAUCAAUAUAAAAGUAUACUAAAUCCUUUAAAAAUUUAAUUUUAGGAAAUGAUUAAGACAUUAAAAAUUAAAACAUUAAGUAUUUUAUGCCUGAUUCUAUUGCCCAAUAUCAUGAUAUGUAUUUAGAUAAUUUUAUAGAAUUGGGUAGAAUGAAUAUCGUUAUGGCUGAAUAAAGAUUUUUGAUUCUUAAAAAUAAGGAAUAAUUCAUAAUUCCUGUUUAUGCAAAAGUUAGAUUGGAAAAUUAUUCUAAUAGUGAUUUUGGAUCAUCUGCUUUGAUAACUUAGAUUAAUUAAUAAAAUUAUUAUAUUUUAAUUAGUAGAUAUGGAAUUUUAGAAGAGAUUUCUUAAAAUUUCUAUGAUGAAAUUAUUUAAAAAACUUUAAAUUUCCAUUCAUAACAAAUCAAGAAUUUAAAUUUUCUUAGAAUAAUGCCUUGUUUAUUAAAAGAUUUACAAAAAUUAGAAUUAAAUGAACAAAAUAGCACUGAAAUAGAUUUUGAAUUCUCUUAGUAAAAAAAAGAUUAAAUUAAUUAUGAUAUUAUAUAAGAAGGUCAUAUUUUAAUUCCUAAAUAAUAAAAUUUGAUAGAUUAAAUACAAAUUUUAAAUAAGAAUAUAUUAAAUAUUGAUAUAUAAAAUUACUUCAAUCUUUAAUCCUAAUAAAAUCAAUUAUUUUAUUAAAAUACAUAACAUCUGUUUAUAUUCUAUAUUAAAUAUAAAAUUAGAUUAAUGAAGACAAUAAAUUCAUUACAUAGAAUCUUAGAGAUUUAAACAUUAAAGAUAAUUAAAACUGAAUAUUAAUCUAAAGCUAUCAGAAUUGUUUAAAAUAUUUGUAAUAUUGAUUAGUCUUCAAUGAUUAAAUCUGAAUAAACACCAAUGAUUAAUUAUUAUUUAUAAGAUAUGGAAGGAAAUGAUGUGAUUUAUAAGGAAUAAUUUGAAGGAUUUAGAAAAUCUUUAUCAUCUGAAUUAUUUGAUAGAAAAUCAUAUGAUUUGGAUAAUAAUUUAAUUAUGGAGGAAGAUAAUAUGAUAAGCUAAAAAUAAAAAAAUUUUGAUGAAUAUUAUACCACUAGAAGAGAUUAAAUCUAAUAAACAUUCUUAAAUACAGUAGAUUCUCAUUUGAUUUAAAGAACUAGAGAAAAUGCUUAAUUAUUAUAAAAUGAUUCUAACACUUCUAAAAAAAUGACAAGAAAAAAUAGUUGUAAAAUAAGCAAAAAUUAAUUUGAUGAUAUGGAUUUAUCAAAUAGAUAAUCGAAAGAUUCAGGAUCAGAUUAAAAAAAUAAUACAAUACAAUAAAAUGAUGGAAAUUCAAUAGCUAGUUCUUAAUAAUAAAAUGAUUAUAUUACUAAAAGGAGAAUGAUAAGAGAUGUUUUAUUUUCAGAUCAUUAAUUUUAAAAUAAUGCUACAAAAAAUGGAAUUAUAGUUUUUAGUUUAAUCUUAUUGGUUAUCUUAUAUAUAAUUAAUAUAUUCUUUGUUGUUGUUACUUAAAAUGUAAAAUUAUAUAUUAAACUUAUAGAAAAUUUAUGAAAUUGAAGCCAAUAAACAUGUGACUUUAAAUUUACAAAAUUCUUUGAAUCUUUUUAUUUUGUCUAAUUAAUUUGAACAAAUCUAAAUAUAUUCCAAUACUACUUAGAUUCUUUAUGAAUAACUUUAAAAUCUUUCAACUACGAAUUUUUAGAUUUAUUUAAAAUUAAUUCUAAAUAAACAAAACUCAAUAAUAGAUUCAAAUAUGUUGCAUUAGCUAUGUAAAUUAAUUUAUUUUACCAAGAAACCAUCUAAUUUGAUUAGUCAUAAAAAGAUGAAUUAGAUCAAUUGUUUUUAAUAAAAAUUAUUGGGGAAUACAUGAUAAAUUUUAUAGGUAAUAAGGAAAAACAGAAGGAAGGAAUAACAUUUCUAAUUCUUAAUUUUUAAGUUAUAAUGUAAGAAAUGUUCUCUUAAUUUAAUACAUCUACCAGCAUUAAUAUUCGUAAUUAGAUUUAAAAUAUUGAUUCCUAAAUAUAAUUAACUAUAAUUUUAUCUGAAGUUACUUUAAGUUUAAUAGUUAUAAUUUUAUUGCCUGUAUUUUUGAUUUUUAAUAGAUAAAAAAACAUUAUUUUAGAAUUCUUUAUGACAUUUCCAUAAAUAGAAUUAUAGCAAUAAUAUGAUAUUUAUUAAAUUCUCUUAGAUAAGUUAGAAGAAGCCAAAUUUGCAUAAUAAGAAACUAAUCAAUAUGAUAUUGAAAGUUUGCAUAUUAAAUUAUUUGUAAAAUCAAUACGUAGUGUUAAAGGUUCAAAUCAUAGUAAAUAAUAAUAUGGAAAGUUAAAAAAAAUUGUUGGAUCGAGUAUAUAUUUCUAUAUUAUAUAUUAGAUGCAACACCUUUAAUAAUCUUAAGUAUCUUUUUGGUUUUACUCUUAUUUUCUAUAGUUUCUGCCUAUUUUAUAACUUCAUUUAUAAUUAAAUAUCAAUUUUUAGUUUAAUACAAAUAUAAUUAUGAAGAAAUUUAAAUUUAUGAUUCAUUACAAUCUGAAAUUAUUAAAGAAAAUACAAUUUAAAAUUUGAUUCUUAAUUAAUUAAUAAAUUAGAAUGAAAAUAAUGUAAUAAAAAGUACAAGUAAGUAGAUUAUUAAUAAAUUAGUAAUUUAAUUAUUUGAAUAAGAAAAAGUGAAUGAAUAUUAAACAUUAUUGUACUAUUAAUAAGAACUGACAAAGAGAUUUUCUGAUGAAAGUGAUAAACUUUACAAUGCUUUAUCAAAUAAUACUUGUGAUAUUUUCAAUACUCAAUUAAUUUAGAACUUAGAAAUGGAUUCAUAUUAAAAUUUGUUUAAUUACUAAAUUUGUUCAAGUCUUUAAUAAAUUUAAGAAGGAAUUAGUAUCUCAAUAAUUAAUUUUAUAAAUUAAUUGAAAUAAUUAUAUUCAACAUUGAUUUUGUAUGAAAGUAUUAAGAUUUUAAAUAUGCUAGAUAAUCGAUAGAAUUAUGAAACGCUAUAAGAUAAUAUCAUAUUUUUAAAGGAUUAAGAUAUUUAACAAGCUUAUCUUUAUACAAUAUAUGGACUUUAAGUGUUAUCAAACUAUGUAGAUUAAUAGAUUAAGAAUUUGAUCUAAUAGUAAUUUUAAACUUAAAUAAUAAUUUUUGUUAUAGGGGCUAGUUUUAUUAGUUUUUUCACAUUUAUAACAGAAAAGUGUUUUAGAAGUUUGAUAUCUAGUUAGAUUAAUAAAUCGAAGCUUUUACUUACAUUAAUACCAUUUGAAAUGUUAUAAACAAAUGCAUAUGUAAUGACAUAUGUUUUAUAAGAAUCAAAAAAAAUAUAUUUAUGA